AUGACCUCAAAAGAACAGGCCGGUGGGCCCAGCACGCCGACCGACGAUGGCGGCUUUCCGAAACCUCAAUUCCCUGGACGCUCCGACCGACCAGGCCCGCCGAGUAUCAUCUCGUCGCGGAUGACCGACAUCGCGUCCGACGACGGCGGAGAAGCCGUAGCCCAGACCUUAUCCGAAAAUCCGCGCAGAAAAUCUGGUCUGGCUUCAGAAACUUUGUCACGGCCAGGGACGGCCAAGACAGGCAUGUCUGGGCCCCUCGAAGGCCGGAGACGAGGUCCGCCCCCACGAAUGAAUUAUAUUACCAGUCUCAACGAGAAGAGGGGAAGCAUCGGAGGCGGUAGUACAGCUGGUUCGAUUAGCAGCAGACCGCCUAGCUCGACAAGUCGAAGCCAUGUUCCGUCUCUUACAUCUUCAGCCUUCUUUCGUCCCAUGAGUUCGCAGAAGUUGCAGGCCCAGCGUGGUGGUUCACGACCUGCGACCCGCCAGCAACCUACACUGGAGGAUACCGAACCUACGCCCGAACACAACCAGAGUGCCGCCGCCGCCGCCGCAGUAGCCAGUGGAGGACCAAAUGCUCGGCACAGCGUCAUCUCAAACCCGGUAUCGAACCCCGUUGCACGUCUCCAGCGGCAGCUCAGCGACGACGACAAUAUGAGACCGCCUCCGUCUCGCGGAACCGAAUACACCGACCAAGGAACGUACGACCGAAUUACCGCGAAUACGAGCCCGACCCAUGGUCACUAUGCCGCCGGUAGUAUGUCCGAGAGCGUCACUCCGUUACAACGGAACCAACGCAAUAGCCGGAACCUGAGCGUCAAUGUCGACAGGGGCUUUAGAGAAAGAGGCAAUCAACCUAGCCCUGUCAAAUCGCCACGGUCUUUCCGCUCAAGUUUCUUGCUGCCGGGUAGAAGUGACCAGAACAAGUCUAACCGGACUUUACCUGGUGGCGAAAAGCUCUCAUCGACCGCGUCGACGCCGCAGCUCAAUCCCGUAGACUCUUCAAGACCCGCAGACAAGAACAACUUGAAGAAGUCAAAGACAAACCUUGGCUAUGUUUUCCAGUACUUCGAAGGCAACACUGUCUUCUGCUUGGGAGGCCGAUUCCAGAAUACCAAGCAUCGGCCAGUCAACGUAGCCACUGGACUAUUUAUCAUCAUCCCCGCCGUCCUCUUCUUCGUCUUCUCAGCUCCUUGGAUAUGGCACAACAUCAGUCCUGCCAUUCCAAUCACUUUCGGAUACGUCUUCUACAUUUGCAUUUCCUCGUUCCUCCACGCAUCCCUGUCGGACCCAGGCAUUCUGCCUCGAAACCUUCAUGCCUUUCCACCGGCAGAUUCGACCGAGGACCCACUCCGGCUCGGGCCCCCGACCAACGACUGGACGCUGAUCAAGUCAGCAGAGUCAGCCACGGCCGCCAUGGAAGUUCCAGUGAAACAUUGUAGAACAUGUAACAUUUGGCGACCUCCCCGGGCUCAUCACUGCCGUCUUUGCGACAACUGUAUCGAGACCCACGACCACCACUGUGUGUGGCUCAACAACUGCGUCGGAAAGCGCAACUACCGAUAUUUCUUUGCCUUCGUCUCCUCAGCAACAUUUCUUUCUCUCUAUCUUCUUGGCGCCUCCCUUGGCCAAAUUCUCGUACACAUGCACCGAUCCGACAUUUCUUUUGGUAAAUCCAUCGACGACUUCCGCGUUCCCUUCGCCAUGGUCAUCUACGGCUUCAUUGCCUUCUUAUACCCUGCUGCCCUCAUGGGCUACCAUAUCUUCCUCAUGGCUCGAGGCGAAACAACGAGGGAAUACAUCAACUCUCACAAGUUCAUCAAGGCAGAGCGGUUCCGCGCCUUUACUCAGGGCAGCAUGCUCAAGAACUGGAUCGUCGUUCUUUGUCGACCGAGGCCUCCUACCUACUACCAAUUCAAGAAGAGGUACAUUGGCGGUGAUCAACGCCUCGGUGCUCUCCGGGAUCAGAAGGUCGACAUGCAGGGCAUGGAAAUGCAGAACGUCAGACCAACCACAGGGUUUCAAGGGCCUGUCUCUUUGCGCAACGAAACAAGCACUACCGCGACAUAA